AUGACUAUGUUAGAUGAAUAACUGUAAAAUUAUUCUGAUAAAAAUGAAAUAGAAGAUUUACCUAAAUGGGAAAUAGCGAAGCUUAAAUACAAAUGCUCAAUUACUUUAAUUUCUUUAUUAGAAGCUAGAUAAAAAGAUGAUGAUAUUGCAGCUAAAAUGAUGAAAACAUUAAAUAUCGAUGUUAUUAAAAGGAAUAUUACAGAUAUUUAUAAUUAAUAUAUAAUAAUUGGUAAAGGAAAUUAUAAUAAAGAUCUAUUUAAUCAUUUUGAACCAAUUAUCGGAAAUGAAGAACAUAAUAAUAAAUGUAGUUUUAUAAUAGAAACUGGAUUUAAUUUGUUUAUUUUAUUAAGUACUUUUAAAGAAAUCAAUGAAGAUGAUUAGGAAAAUUAGAAUUUAAAAAAAAGAAAAAAAAGAGCCUUUAUAAAAGAAUUUACUUAAACAUAAUAUAGUUUCAGACUUAGUUAAACUAUGUUAUAGUAUUUUUAUUGGAAUUAAAGAAGUUGCUGA